AUGCAUUCAGCGUGGGGUAGUAUGGCCGCCGCGCUGCUGGUGCUUCUAGCGACAGCCACCGGCGCGCGGCUUGGAGACCUCGCGCGCCGGGACACCGGCGACGUAUUCACUUUAUUCGAUAAAGAAUGCGGACCAGCUCAAUGCGCAGAGCACGGCGCGAGAGUGACAUCCGAUACCUCAGAAGGAUGCUCAUGCUCUUGUCCACAACGUGCACCACUCUUCAGAGAAGACAGGGAGCUCUGUGUUGACGACUUACCUGGGUCUGGUCUGCAGCGAAUACCAUUUGUAUACUUGCCGCUAAAAGGACAGAUAAUACAUCCUUCUAAAGAGAUAACUUUUCAAGUAUCGGGGGCACAGUUCCUUACAAGGAAAGGGUUCCUCGACCUUCGGAACACGCUUGACGCUGACGUGCCAUUCAACCUGUUCAGAGAUGAAGGCAGGACAUUUCUCCAGUGGAGUGGCGAGGACGAAGUGCGUACACGCAUGGCGGGUCGUGUUAUGGUGGUCAGGUUGCUGUGUCGCGAUGUGUCAGCGACUCCCACCUCGCCUCUAGACUUGCGAGGGGUAUUCACGCCGUGUGUAGCUUUCAGGGUACAAGGGACUCCACCGAGGCAAUCAUUAAGUUCGUAUCAUUAUAUUCAAACUAAUAAUAAGUAGGUAAUAUUAAUAAUUUAUACAUUGGCCUGCAAAGCGCAGUAGGUUAGUGCAUUUGUUAUGCGAUGCGGAGGUGAUGCAACUUCCACAGGGGUUGGUUGAAAGGUGAACAAAAAUUUAUUAUCUCAAGAUCCUCCAUGCUUCUGUGCACUUUAUACCGUUAAUCUUGGUUAAAUAUACAAUCACAUAUCUGCACUGAGCCUGCAUGGUGGAUUACGGUUCGUUCUUCGUAAUUAGUCCAACCAUAGGGAAGACCUAUUUAUGUUCCUACUCAUGGGGCCCAGCAUGAGUAGGGACAUAAAUAGGUUGAUGAUUUUAAUAAUGAUUUGAUGGUAACUAUUGAUUUAGCAAAGAUCGAUGUGAAUGCAAAAUUUGGUAAUUCUCUCAAAGGUCGCUCAUCAGAUCAUGUUCAAAAAUAAAUUAUCUCGUGCUCCUCCGUGUUUAGGAAGACAUAUCAAGCUACUGGUAGCAUCUAUAUUAUGUAUCUCUAUGAUCUCGAAAAUAAUAAUAAAAAUAAACAUAAAUAUUAUAUUUUAUUUAUCAACAUGGAAACUUCUACAAAUGAAUAAUGUCAUAUUAUCUUUUUUAGAUGUCACAGAAGUUCAGUUUGCGUCUAACGCGCAAACUUCAGAAGCAUCGAGCACAUCAGGUCUCUCUGUUACUGAAUACGUCGCCAUCGGUCUCAGCUCGUUACUUCUAGGACUAAUCUACGUUGCAUCCGUUUUCCUCUAUCUGCACAUAAGAAAACGAAAGAAGGCAGCCUCUAACGAAGGCAGUACUAAAAGAAUUAAAGGCUUGAAGAAAAAGGACGGCUCUAUAAUAACAGAAAGAGACAUAAUAAGAGUAACCAAUGAACGGAUGCAGCCAAUCAGUAACGCCAUUACUCAAGAUGAAGGAGUAGUCAAGAAAAACCCACUUUUGAAUAUAACUCGACAAUUCCAUGAAAGCAAAAGUUUCCCCAGUGAUUCUGGUAGUAAUUUGUCUGAUUCUGAAGACUUCGCGGAGAGUAGUGCCAGAAGCGACGACACUAACUUAUACAAUAACCAAAUAACAUCCGCAGUUGUACACCUACAUCGUAGCGAGUUGAAACAUCAAAAUGGUACAGAACUCUCACAUCGCGACGAAUCUGGAAUCGAACGGCUUCCCGACGAACAUGUUUCGAUUGUAGAAACAACAGACGAUCGUGAAAUAGCACGUCCAGUUGGCACCACAAGACGCAAGCUUUAUUUUAAUCCAGCCUACUUUGAACCCCAACUAAUGGCAGAACCUCCUCCAGCAGCUUUGGAAUUUCUCGUGAAAAUAAGAGAAGUUAUUUCAAUUGCGAAACACAAAAUGGCUGCAAAACGUUUCCAUCCAGUUCUAAAUGAAAUACCCGAAGAAGAAACAUAUCCAUCUACUUCUAACAGUAUAGACAUUUAUCAAGGUCUAGGAAGUCAGAGGAGCGGAAGUGUCAUUAGUCUUAAAAGAGAAAAUAAUAGGAAAAAAAGUGUUACCUGCGUAGGUUGCCCGGGAUGCAAAUCUGACAAUGACAAAGAUAUACUUAACUAUAUGAAAUUCAAUAUGAGUGCAUGUUCUAACUGUCAACAUCAUAGAGGUGAUAAACAAAACAGUAUAAGGCAAUGGUUGGAAAACAUACCUAUUGGAAAACAACAACCAUCCCACAGCGAGACUUCAAAAAAUACAGACAACUUUUUAUUACUUCCAUGUAAUGAUAAUCGAAAUAAACUAAGAAAACAAAAUAGCUUUACAGCUUCAAACUCUAUGUGCACUAGAGAACAUUCAUCUACAUCGAAAAAAUCCUCAAAUAUAUCCGUCCGAUCAGAACCACCUUUACGAAGUUAUAAUCUACCUUUACCCGAAUUCGAAAACGCGAAUUGCUUCCAUAACCAUAAAAACAAUAACCAUUGCCAAACUGUAUCUAGAGUGGAUGACAUCAGACCAAUUGGACUUAGUGACUAUCGUCCAGGGAGUUUACGAAGUUCUGUUAACCAUAAACAAAGAGUCAUACCCAAUCAAAACGGUUUACCUGAUAUGGUUAACGAUACUAUGACCCUAGAUCACCGUUCAAAAAUAUAUAGUCAAAGUAGUUCUGAUGAAGAAAAAUAUAAUAAAUCUACAAAAAUGGAACAUCCCAAUUUAUAUACAAGAAACAGUUCAGCUAGUCUUUCAGGUAACGAAUAUGAAACUGACAGUUUAGAAAGAAACUGUAACCAAAAAAGAAUAUCAACGCCCACCGAAUAUCCCGAUAUACCAUCAUCUCAAGCUAGCCCAAGUUUGAGUAAUGCAUUACCAUUAGAAGAAGAACUUACAAUGACAAAUGCUGUGUAUAAGACACAUUCUAGCAGCAACAGUAACACCCCAUCACCACACCGUGAAGUUGUUAUAGACGAAAAUUAUUACGAAACGAUUGGUAAGUCAAACACAGUUGUCAAAAAAGGUAAAAGCGCCAUUACAAAUAGAAACACAGAUUACAGUUUAGUGAGUGAGGUUUAUGUAAAUAAUAACUACAAUUUUGGGAGUACACCUACCUCUCCCAGUGGCUCUGAGUGUUCGAUGGGUAGUAGAAAAUUUGUAGCAACCAGCAAAGAUAGUGAAGAGAAACCAGGAUGCUUGACAAUAGAAGUUAAAGACUCACCUGAAAACUAUAUUAAAAUACACGAAUCUGAUGGUUUUGAGCCUGACACAUUAGACAGGAAACAGUCAAAAUAUAAAGAAACUGCGGAUGACAUUAAUUUCAGUAGAAAAGAUUUUAUCAAAACGUUUAAUACCGGUGUUGAAAAUCAGUCAGACCGAAGAAUUCAAUUACGGAGUAGUGGCACAUUUACAAAGGCCAAUAAUAAAGUGGAAUACACAGCUAAAUUUAACAGUUUAAGAAAUGAAUAUGAACAACGGAAAAAUUGCAACGAUAGACCAAAAUUAUUGCCGACUACAUUCCAAGACAAUAACAGCACAGAAGUAACUGAACUUACGUGGGAAAAUGAUCCGGCAGAAUGGAACAGUGAAGAAGGACGAAUAUUAACAUUAGAGCUCCGUCAUUCAAAAAGGCAACGACAGUCUACACCACCGACAAUCAAACAAUUGAAAAGUUUAGCAAGGCCUGAUAUUUUGCCACCUCUACCUCCCACUGAAGACAGUCCGAUAUACGAACAACCUAUUAUACCACCCAGAAAAGUUGAAACAAACAAAUUACCAAUCUCUCCUCAUCCAAAAAACGUGAGUGGCAGAAGCCUCAAUCCGAGGACAUUGCACCAAUCUACAACAGUUGAUUCCACUAUUUGUAAUAAUCCAAUAUUUUGUGAAACAAUAUAUGGACCCUCUUGCGGUCCGAUGAGAGCUUCUGGCCUGUCUCAAUCCUCGGAAUAUAGUAAUGAUAAUUCCAUACGUCAAUCAUUUAGAUCUCAAGAUUUCAGCAGAAAAUCAAAUAGAAGAUUCGGAAGGUGCUCUAUAAAUACAAACACGUUUAUCAAGGGUAUAAAAGAUGAAAGUCAUGGUAAAUCACGAUUUAGAAGAAAGAAGGGUCCCAGCGUAGAAGAUUCCGGUUAUUUGAGUAGUGACUCGACUAGUUCGAGGCAAAUUCAAAGAAAACUAGUGAUUCCUAAAAUAGUAAGUUGCAGUGAAAGUGAUGACACUGAAAAUGAAGCUAGAAGUGAAUCUGGAGCUGAGAGUAUAGAAACACAUUCAGUUUACUUCGGCAGUUUUAGAAAGUCACAGAGUCAGGCAGCUUUGGGCUUCCUAGUACCUGACAAUAUAGCGCAGACAGGAGGUUAA